AUGACUCACCUGCCUGCGCACACACCAUGCAAGCUAUUUGAUCGCACAUGCAGUGCUAAUGCUUGCGAGCAACCGGCGGACCCUGCAAAUUUCCUCGGCCCCGAAUCCCCGAUCGACGUCGUCGUCCCAGGUGUCAAGAUGACCGGGUGCACCACGCCGCGGAAGGGGCGGAGCACGGCCGGCGCCGGCGGUGACGGCCUCGAGGAGGCGUGGCUGGUGUCGGAGGCGCCGGCGAAGAAGCCUCACGCUAGGGCGGCGGCGUGGGGCGUCACCGUCAGCUUCGGCCUCCGCCGCGGCCACUUCAACUCGUUCGUGCUGCUGCUCCUCGUCUUGUUCGUCGUCCUCGCGAUUUCUGUCACCACCACCAAGAAAGACGGCGGCAUCGGCGGCGGCGGGCCUGGGCAGCGGGAGACGACGACCGCGACGCCACCUGCGGAUGACGCCGGCGCCGGCAGGCAGGGUGAGUGCGACAUGUCGUCCGGCCGGUGGGUGUACGACGACGCGGCGUACCCGCUGUACGAGGAGAGCGCGUGCAAGUUCAUGUCGGACCAGUCGGCGUGCGGCAAGUUCGGGAGGACGGAUCUCAAGUACCAGCACUGGCGUUGGCAGCCACACGGCUGCGAUCUUCCGAGGUUCGACGCGGUGAAGCUGCUCCAGAGGCUGCGCGGCAAGCGGCUAGCUUUCGUCGGCGACUCGCUGAACCGGAACCAGUGGAUAUCCAUGGUCUGCCUCAUCGACACCGCCACCCCCAUGCUGCGCAAGUCCAUGGCCGGCGGCAACGGCUCCCUCGUUUCCUUCAAGAUCCAUGAGUAUAACGCGUCGGUGGACUUCUACUGGUCGCCGCUGCUGGUGGAGUCGAACUCGGACCAUCCGGUUCACCACCGGGUGGCCGACCGCGUCGUGCGCGCCGGCUCCAUCGACAAGCACGCCAGGCGCUGGGCCGACGCCGACGUGCUCGUCUUCAACUCCUACCUCUGGUGGCGGCGCCCGACCAUGAAAGUCCUGUGGGCGUCGUUCGAGGCGGCGGCGGAGGGCGCGCACAGGGCGGCGUACGAGGUGACCAACAGCCUGCGCGCGUUCGAGCUGUCGAUCAGCACAUGGUCGGAGUGGCUGGAGCGCCACGUCGACCGCGCCCGCACCCAGCUCUUCUUCACGAGCAUGUCGCCGACGCACCUCCACUCCGACGAGUGGGAAGCGGCCGGGGCCGGGAGCGGCGGCAACCACCAGUGCUACAACGAGACGGAGCCGAUCAUGGCGGAGGGGCACCACGGGCAGGACACGGACCCAGCGUUCGCGCGCGCCGUGGAGGCCCAGGUGGCGCGCCUGGGCGCGCGCGGCGUCGCCGUGCGGGUGCUGAACGUGACGCAGCUGUCGGAGCACCGCAAGGACGCGCACCCAUCGGUGCACCGGCGGCAGUGGAGCCCGCCCACGGCGGCGGAGCUGGAGGCGUGGACGCGCGACCCCAGCAGCGGCGCCGACUGCAUCCACUGGUGCCUCCCCGGCGUGCCCGACGUCUGGAACCAGAUGCUCUUUUCACACCUCGUGUCGUCGUCGUAG